AUGUCAUUUGCUAAUAUAGAUUUAGAAGCCCAACGACAACCACUUUUGAAAGAUGACUCAAAUCCAAGUUAUACAUCGUCCAAUGAAUUAGAUAUUAUCAUUAGUAAAACAUCACACCAAUUGCAAGUGUUUGGUGGUUUAAUAUCCCAAUUUGAUAACCAACGUAAACAGGUUGGUACAAAGAGAGAUACACUUGAGUUGAGAGAUGGUGUGGAUUUAUUGAUUGAAAAAAUAUCCAAUAUGGACAAAGCCAUACUGUCAUUGAUUACCAACUUAUCUGGUUUAAUCCAUCAACAAAGCAAAUCUAAAACCAAUACUGGAGUAUCGAAUCGACAUAUGGUUAUUGAAGAAAGAUUGUCUGCACAAUACAAGGAAUUGGACUCUGCUUUCAAUCGAUCAGUCAGAAUUUAUCAAGAAAAGAAAAGAAAUACGCCUAUUGUUGCAAGAUCACUCGUACCCGAACAAGAACUGGAACCAGAUAACCAGGGAGAACAGAGUCCCAAGAAAAAUGACAUCCAGCAACAGACUCAGAUUGAUCAAGACGUAAUUGACCAAACAGAACUACAGUAUCAUCUAUUAUUAACCGAGGAACGUAAUAGAGAAAUUGAACAAGUCACAGAAGGAAUCAUGGAGGUGAACUCAAUUUUUAAGGAUUUGAGUCAACUAGUACAUCAACAGGGGGAGCAGUUAAAUACAAUAGAGGAUAAUGUUUUACAGCUACAUGGAAACACACAGCAAGCAUCAAGUGAGUUAGUCAAAGCGAAUGAAUAUCAAAAAAAGAAAGGCAAAUGGACUUGCAUUUUACUUGUUGCGCUUUGUAUUUUUCUACUCAUAGUAGUUCUUGCAGUCAUCAGUUAA